CACCAGGCGGCGCUGCUCGGCGAACACACAUCAACCGACCCGGUUUGUAAACAACUGUGUGUCGCUUGCUUCAGGAUCAGAGAGGGAAACAAAACACGUGAACAGCACCAGCAGGGGGAGCCACUGUGUCCCCUCCGACCUGAGAGCUGAUUGGUUGUCUCCACAGGAUGAUCUGUCAGAUCUUCAUCUUGUCAUCAAAGGGCGACCGGCUCAUCUACAAAGACUUCCGAGGAGAAGCUGGGAGCGAUGAAGUCGGUUCGUUCUACGAGAAGGUCACAGCGCUGACUGGAGACCAGCCUCCAGUGGUCAUGACUCACAAAGAUCUCAACUUCAUCCACGUCAGGCAGGGGGGGCUGUACUGGGUCGCCACGACAACCCAGGACUCCUCGCCGUUCACCGUCAUCGAGUUUCUGAACAGGCUCACGGCUCUGGUGAAGGAUUACUGCGGCUCGCUGUCGGAGAAGCUGGUGCAGAUGAACUUCGCUCUGAUCUACGAGCUGCUGGACGAGGUGCUGGACUAUGGUUAUGUCCAGACGACGUCCUCCGAGGUCCUGAAGAACUUCAUCCAGACUGAAGCCGUCUCCUCUCGACCGUUCAGCCUGUUUGACCUGAGCAAUGUCGGCCUGUUCGGUGCGGAGACGCAGCAGAGUAAAGUGGCUCCGAGUUCUGCAGCCGCCCGACCCAUCCAGUCCAGCAGAGAGCAGGGAGGAAAGAGCGAGAUAUUUGUGGACGUGAUCGAGAGGAUGUCGGUCGUCAUCGGCUCCAACGGAGUUGUGAUGAAGGCCGACGUGGAGGGAGAGAUCAAAGUCAAGUGCUACAUGUCCAGCUGCUCAGAGAUGAGAAUCGGUCUGAAUGAAGAGUUCAGCAUCGGAAAGUCACAGCUCAGAGGUUACGGAGCGGCGGUCCGGGUGGAUGAGUGCAGCUUCCAUCAAGCCGUCCGAUUGGACGAGUUCGACAGCCAGCGCGUCCUGCGGCUGUGUCCCAGUCCGGGCGAGCAAACCGUGAUGCAGUACCAGCUGAGCAACGAUCUGCCCUCGGCUCCUCCUUUCCGGCUCUUCCCCACCGUCGAGAGAGACAGCGGAGGAAGGUUAUUGAUGUACAUGAAGCUUCGCUGUGAUCUGCCUCCGAAGACCGCUGCCAUCAACGUCUGUGCCACCGUCCCUGUCCCUAAAGGCUCCGUGAGUCUGUCACAGGAGCUCAGCAGUCCAGACCAGAGCUCCGAGCUGAAGCCACAGAGCCGAGCUGUUGUCUGGCAGAUCCCUCGUUUCCCCGGGGGUACACAACUCUGUGCUGUGUUCAAGCUGGAGGUGGCCGGUCUCAGCUCCGCCUCCUUGUUGGAGGUGGGUCCAGUGGGUUUGAGCUUCGAGCUGCCGAAGGUCACGGCCACCGGGCUCCAGAUCCGCUUCCUGCGCCUGUCGCCGGUCCAGCCCGGCCCGGCCCAGCGCUGGGUCCGCUACGUCACACACUCCGACUCCUACACACUCCGGAUGUAACGCUGCCCAGUGGGACCAGCGAGGACCCACCCUGGACCAGUGGCACUCACAGGAAGUCCACACGAUAAUCAACAUGUUUAUCACUUUUUAUUUAUUACACUGUGAAACAAAUCUGAGAACAAAUAAAAGACUUCCAUUUCUCCUGAAACCUG